CAGGGCAAGGACUUCCACCCACAGCCGAGGUGUGUGCCCAGGUCCUGCAGCUCUGUGCUCACCGGAGGGCUUGGGAACUGCCUGUCAGCUGUGCAGAAUUUGUAUAUUUGCAGGUGGCUUUGAGAGAUGCUCCAUCUCGUGGAGAUGCAGCGCUGUGAACGCUUUGGCUUCUGGCUGCUCGCUGUGAAACGCCUCAUUCGUGAUGCCGAAAGGAAAAGGGCAAAGCCUGUGAGCCUGGCAGCUGCACAUGGUACCUGUGCAUUAGAUCCUGCUCAUCUCUCCCCAGCUGCCUGCUGCAAGAGGAGCCUGGUCACUUGUAGAAGACCUGCAGCGCUGUGGGACCAUCGGUGGGGAGAGGGGGAACGACCCCCUGCCGCCCCUGGGGGCUCUCCUGGCAGAGGCGCUGGGGAAGGAUCCGCAGGCUCUCCAGCCAAAGCCGGGCUCCGUGAGCCCAACGAGCCCAGCGAUGCUGCUCCCUCGUGGCCGCACGAGCACGACGGCGUCGGGAAGGCCCUCGACAGCUUCUACCAGACGUACUGCGCGCCGCGGCCGGGCGCGAGGGAUCCCGCGUGUGAGGCCGUGUCCCGCUGUCUGUCGCAGAGGAUCUCGGAGCUGGCAGCGCGGGAGGGCAGGAAGUACGCCUUGCGCUGCCUGCAGCUGGCCCAGGUGGUCUUGAACAGGGACGGGCGCAGGAUCCUGCCAAACCCCCCCGGCGCCGCGCAGUUCGCCGCGCCGGCUGAGGGAGAAGCCGUGCCGCAAGGAUGGAGGAGAGCGCCCGGCCUCUCCGAGGACGUCCUGCGGCUCCUGUGGAGGCAGGAGGCGRCCGGGCCCGGCCCCUGACGCGCCACGCGGGAUGCGGAGCUGGGUGCCGGCUUGCAGGAGGAUGGAGGCUCUGCCUCAGUGCGGAGCCGCCUGUCGGCCCAUUCCUGGGCGCCUUCCAGGAGGACUGAGCGCCACAGGAAAAGGAGGCCACAGGAAAAGCACCUGGCACAUGGGAGAGAAACCGCCUUCCCAGCAGGGUUCCUUUAGUUUUUUCUUCCCUUCCUUUUUUUUCUUGUUGCCUUAGUGAUGCUUCUAACACUUCAAAUGCACCAGCUGARCAGAGAUAUGAAUUUUUCCCCCCCUCUGUUCUGUAUGAGCUGGCAAAAGAGCAACCUAAAAUAUCUCCCCCCAGCCACAGUGUUUGGAGGUGCUGGAACCCAUCAGGUGCUGGGAGAUGGAGAGCACCUAGGCAAAGCAGAGCUGAAACCUCUGCGGCUCCGAGCCGGCUGCUUCGCUGUGGAUUUCUGCAGCCCGUUAGCCCCUGUUGCUGCAGGAUCUGCCUUGGAGCUUUAGCAAAGGAGGAGACAACCUUCAGCACUCCAGUAAGGUCCGUUAUUAUUACUUGCUGAUUGGAGAGCACUUGUGUGGGAUCUGGAGAUGAAUUUCCUGGUGUGCUCAGGGUGAGGGGCAACGUCCUUGUGGGCGUCUGUGACCCGAAUCACUAAGUCCCAGCUGCCAGGCUUGCUCGCUGCCGCCUGCAGCGUUUGCUCCACGCGCCCUCCCCAGGGGCUACCAACCACAGGGCUGCUGUCCACUGCUUUGGAAUGAAUCUUGCAGCAUCUCCGUGAAUGUCAGGCUCUUGCGGAGGCCGGUGAGUGGGGAAAGAGAGUGGUGCGAYGGGCAUCACCCAGGCUGCAGGCCCCUGGCUUGGAGGCAGCUUUUGCUUCAUGAAGCCCGUAGGCUGAGCCACUUUCCCAGAGCGCUUGCAAUGCCCAGAAACCCAGUGGGGUUUGGUCUUCUCCAAAACCUUGUUUUCCUAAAAUUCAGAACCUAAUUUCUUCAUGAUGUGUUUUUCAUCGUGKUGGUGCUUAGGCUCCCCAAAUCCCACUGACUUUAAUGCUAAGAAAACAAGAUAGAUAUUAAAGGGAGUGUGACAGGCUUGCCAGACGCCUCACUGUGGUGCUAAGAGUCCAAGUAUGCUUAAAAUAGCUGAGCAUUCCUGCCAUAAAAUGAGCUGCUCUGUAUCUGGAGAAACCCCUUCGUUUUAGUGGGUGUUUCAUUGGGAUUUUAUGGUGCAGUUGCUGCCCAGAGAAUAAAUCCCCAUCGCUCCUUUCACACUCGCUGCUCAUUAACUUUCUACGAACCUGUGCUGGGACCUGCUCUGUGUGUUGCCAGGCCUGCUGAAAGCCAGACCCUUUGCGUUACUCACUCCUGAUAAACUCCCUAGUUUAUUUGAGAUGGGGGARUGGAUGAAUCACAUCACAUCACUUCACCAAUCCUCAGGUGCUCCGGGCUGAAAGCCCCAGGGGUUUGGAGCACAUUUCACUCACUUGAAAGAAAUGCAGGGUUAUUUGGUGCUUUAUGGUGCUGCUCAGGAGAAGUUGUCAUCGUGACUACUACUGUUGCUGCUGA